AGAAUGACUGGUCGCGGUAAGGGUGGUAAAGGCCUGGGAAAGGGAGGAGCCAAGCGCCAUCGUAAGGUUCUUCGUGACAACAUCCAGGGUAUUACCAAACCCGCCAUUCGCCGUCUUGCCCGUCGUGGUGGUGUCAAGCGCAUUUCAGGCCUCAUCUACGAGGAGACUCGUGGUGUUCUGAAAGUGUUCCUUGAAAACGUUAUCCGUGAUGCCGUGACUUACACCGAGCAUGCCAAGAGGAAAACCGUCACCGCUAUGGACGUGGUCUAUGCCCUUAAGAGGCAAGGCCGUACUCUUUACGGUUUCGGUGGUUAA